GUUCGUGAUGCUGAUAAUAUCACGAAGCAUGGCAAAUGGGAUGAUUAUAAACGGUGGGUCUGCCACACCGCACCGUGGCUUAGCCUUGGGGAGCAGGUUGUACCCAAAUCCAGGUUGAGUGGCAGCAGCUACGCAUUCGCGACAGGGGAUGGCGACAGGUACUACUCUGACGGCCCAGGUGGAGACGAACUCUCGAGUGGGGAUGAAGUGGCGGAUGCAGCGUAUACUAGAGGCCGGCAGCGCCGUCGACUGGGACUUGAGCAGAGCAGUCCUCACACGUCUGCGCCUUCAAUGGCCACCAGAUCCCAUCCUCCUGCAUCCGCAUCCCCACCCCCCGCUCCUGCAGCAUCCCCCAUUCCCCCACACGGUGCAUCCCCACCCCCCGCUCCUGCAGCAUCCCCCAUUCCCCCACACGGUGCAUCCCCACCCCCCGCUCCUGCAGCAUCCCCCAUUCCCCCACACGGUGCAUCCCCACCCCCCGCUCCUGCAGCAUCCCCCAUUCCCCCACACGGUGCAUCCCCACCCCCCGCUCCUGCUGCAAGCCCCACUACCGCACCCACUGCACUCCCGUCCGUUGCAAGUAGAGGCCCAUCGAGAAUCACCGCCACUGGCACAAGGUCAAUGAUAAAGUGGAACGAUGACCUCACAGCCGACCUCCUCCGCUGUGUCAUAGCGGCCAUGCGGGAUGCAGGCAGGGCGCCCUUUGCCAAAGUGCAGUGCUGGGAUGCUAUCUUCGCCCGGUGGCAUGCCCAGCAUGCCGAUUUGAACUUCACGAUGGAGCAGCUGCGGAACCGGCUCAACGCAGUGAAGGCGUGGGUGAAAGACAUCAGGGAACUCAAGUCGUGGGUUGGAGAAGGUGUGAGCUGGGACCCUGCACGCGACUUCUUCGACCCAAGUACCAUGGUUCGUGAUCUCGAUAUCCCUCCGCGUAAAUGGGAUGAUUAUAAACGGUGGGUCACCCACACCGCCCCGUGGCUUAGCCUUGGCGAACAGGUGUCUCGUCAUGGCAGCCACACAUGCACCACCACAGCAGAUGGCGACAGGUAUUACUCAGACGGCCCGGGUGAAUACGACCUCUCGAGUGGGGAUGAUGAGGCGGAUGCAGCGUAUAGUAGAGGUCGGCAGCGCCGCCGCCCGGGACUUGAAAACAGCAGUCCGCACCAGUGUGCUGCUGCAGCAGCAAGCCCCAAUCCCGCACCCGCAGCAUCCCCUGAUCGUGCACAGCCCGCCCUCCCCCCUUAUGCCUUCCCCUCGCCCACCCUCCAUCCGCCCCCCCUUGAUCUCCCCGUGCCCCCCCUGCGCGCGAACACCUACGAGCUUGGUUUGCUGGGUAAUGGCUCGACAGGCAGGGGCAAUGCCACGCUCGUAGACACAGGCACGGGCAUGGGCGCGGGCACGGGCACAUGCACAGACACGGGGUUGCGCGAACGGCGGGAGCGGUGGGAACAGGCAUUGAAAAGCGGCAAGUGGCGGCCGAUGUGGGACAACGAGCAGACAACAGCUCUUUUGGAGAUCAUUCGCGACGUGCUGCACGCUCAGGGCAGCGCCCUCCCCGGCAGGAUCGAGGACUGGGGGGCGGUGCACCGCGAGUGGUUGCGACGAGGGUUCCCGCGGUACUCGAAGGAGCAGCUGAGAAUCCGGUGCAGUUCGGUGCGCGGGUGGGUGAAGGAUAUUCAGUUUCUGCAGGAGCUGCUGCCGCCUGAAGUCACCUGGGACCCCACCACUCAGCCCUUCAACCCCGACCCUGAGCUGGGCAUCAGCCUGUGGCUGAAGCAACAUGGGCAGUGGAAGCACUACAGGCGGUGGAGCAAGCACACGGCGCCCUGGCUGCCCCUUUCUCUGCUCAACGCCCACACGUGCCCUGCUGAGGUUGAGUGGGAGGAGGACGAGGAGGAGUGGGAGGAGGACGAGGAGGAGGCGGAUUGGGGAGAAGGGGAGGGAGAGGAGGAGGAUGGGGAAGAGGAGGAAGAUGAAGUGAUGGAGGUGCAGGCAGGUGGGGAGGGCAAUGGGGAUGCGGAGGAGGAGGUUGAGGAGGGGGAGCGGGGAGAGGGAUGGGGCGAUGGGAGCCGACUGCGGCGAGUGGCAGGGAGGUAUAGGCGUGGAGGAAGGAAAGUGCGGCGGCGGAGAGAUAGAGAGGGGUUGGAGGCACGGGGGGGUAGUGGAGAGCGGUGGAGGGGUGGAGAGUUGGAUGGUGAUGAGUGGUUGGGGACGUGGAGGAUGGAUGCGUUGCAACAGGCUGCACAGGGAGGGGGCGCGAGGAGAAGAGAGGGACGAGAGGGUGUGGAAGGGAGAGGGGUUGGGAGUGGUGGGGUCGGGGCUGCACAGGGAAAUGGUGGGGUCGAUGGUGUUCCGCGUGCUGAGGUGGCACGUAACAAUGUCACCUUUGCUGACGUGGCUCAUGCUGCUGACGUGGCUCGUGCUGACGUGGCCUGUGCUGACGUGGCUCGUGUGGGUGAGACUGGUGGUGCAAGUGCGGAUGAGAGGGACGAGUACCCUGCGAGGCUGGCAGCGCGGAUCGCUGGCAUGGCAGCAAUGGAGAGGAAGCGGCAGCGGCGGGUGAUGGAGAGUGUGGCGCGUGCCGUCAAGAGCAUGGCGGAGAAGGGCCAGCCGCACGUGCAUAGAGACGCGGUGGCGGACAGUGUGGUGAAGGCAGUGCAGGACGUGCAGGCCCUCCCCUCUCUGACGGACGCGCAACGCGUGGCGGCCAUCGAUGCCUUCCUGCAGCGCCCCCUCGACGCCCACGCCUUCCAGGCCAUGAGCCCCGCCUUGCAGACCCUCUUUGCCCGCCGCGCCCACGCCCACGCCGUUGACCGGCAGCUGGCCGGGAUUCAAGCUGCCGCUGCUGCGGGGGGGAAUGCGCUCCUCCCAGACCAGCAGCUUGGGGGGCUGCCAGGUGUGGCUGGGGGUGCUGGUGUGGUGGGGGGGACUGCGGGGGUGGGAACGGCGGGGGUGGGAACGGCGGGGGUGGGAACGGAGGGGGUGGGAACGGCGGGGUUGGGACCGGCGGGGUUGGGAACGGCCGGGGUGGGAACGGCGGGGGUGGGAACGGCGGGGGUGGGGGCGGCGGGGGUGGGGACGGCGGGGGUGGGGACGGCGGGGGUGGGAACGGCGGGGGUGGGAACGGCGGGGGUGGGAACGGUGCGGUUGGGAACAGCGGUGGUGGGCAUGGGGAGUACAGGAAUGGGGGCAAUGGGAAGAGGGGGAACGAGCAUGGUGGGAACGGUAACAGGGGGAACACGGAUGGGGGAAACGGGAUUCGGUUCGAGGGGAUUGGGGACGAUGGGGCAAACGGGGGCAGUGGGAGGGAUGGCAGGAGGUGGGGGUGUGGCAGGAGGUGGGAGUGUGGGUGUGGGAACGGCAGCAGCAGGUACAGUAGCAGCAGACACAGGAGAAGGGAGGGGUGUACAAGGUGUGGGAGGGGUUGCAGGGGGAGUAGGGGAAACCGGGGCGGCAGCAGGGGCAAGAGGAGCAGGAGGGAUGGGCGGCACACAAGGGGCGGGCGGCAUGGCAGGGCUGCAGGUGCUGGGGCCUCGCGUGCAGGAGUUGAUGCACGAGUUGGUUAGAGAGAUCCUGGGAGCAGUCAAUGCGAGUCAACAGAUGGUCAGCACGGGUCAACAGGCAGUCAGCGCUGGUCAAGGGGCGGUCAGUGCUGGUCAAGGGGCGGUCAAUGCUGGUCAAGGGGCGGUCAAUGCUGGUCAAGGGGCGGUCAAUGCUGGUCAAGGGGCGGUCAAUGCAGGUCACACAAGGUUAACUGGCAAUCCAGCGGUGGUCAAUGGGAUUCGAUGCGAGUGCCAUGAGUGUGUGGCUGCUAGAUUGGCAAUGAGAACACGUGAAGGCACAGUCAACGCGAGUCAAGAUGGAGUCAAUGCGGGUCAAGAUGGAGUCAACGCGAGUCAACCAGUGGUCAAUGCGGAUCCAAGGAGGGGAGUGGUAGCGAAUGAAGUGGAGGCAGCUGUCGGCCAAUCAGGGUUAGGUGCAGGUCGUGUGGGGACGGCUGCUGUGCUAGAGACAAGAAAUGCUGGUCAAGCACCAGUCAACGCGGGUCAAGCACGAAUAAACGCCGGUCAAGCACGAGUCAACGCUGGUCUAGCACGAUUAAACACUGGUCACACAACAGUCAACGCCGGCCAAGCACGAGUCAACGCUGGUCACGCUCCAGUCAACCCUGGUCACGCUCCAGUCAACCCUGGACAAACACCAGUCAACACUGGUCGCGCAGCAGCCAACGCCAGUCAAGCACGAGUCAACGAUGGUCAAGCACUAGUCAACGCGGGUCAAACACGAAUAAACGCCGGUCAAGCACGAGUCAACGCUGGUCUAGCACGAUUAAACACUGGUCACACAACAGUCAAUGCCGGUCAAGCACGAGUCAACGCUGGUCACGCUUCAGUCAACCCUGGUCAAGCACCAGUCAACGCUGGUCACGCAGCAGCCAACGCCAGUCAAGCACGAGUCAACGCUGGUCAAGCACCAUUCAACGCUGGUCACGCACUGGUCAACGCUGGUCAAGCACCAUUCAACGCUGGUCAAGCACCAUUCAACGCUGGUCACGCACUGGUCAACGCUGGUCAAGCACCAUUCAACGCUGGUCAAGCACCAUUCAACGCUGGUCACGCACUGGUCAACGCUGGUCAAGCACCAUUCACUGCUGGUCAAGCACCAGUCAACGCUGGUCAAGCACUGGUCAACGCUGGUCAACCACCAUUCAACGCGUUUCAAGCACUGGUCAACGCUGGUCAAGCACCAUUCAGUGUUGUUCAAGCAUUGGUCAACGCUGGUCAAUUACCAUUCACUGCUGGUCAAGCACCAGCCAACGCUGUUCAAGCGCUGGUCAACGCCGGUCAAGCACCAUUCACUGUUGGUCAAGCACUAGUCAACGCUGGUCAAGCAUCAUUCAACGCUGGUCAAGCACUGGUCAACGCUGGUCAAGCACCAUUCAACGCUGGUCUAUGGGCUGCUAAUGCAGGUGGAGGGGUGGGCCAAGGCAGAGCAGAGGGAGGAGGGGUGUGGAGGGACGCAGCGAUCCUGGGGCUGCUAUUGAAGCUGCUGCAAGGCCAGGCGAAGGAAACGGAUGGGGCUGUGGCGAGGGGACAGGGGGAAAACGUCGGGCAAAGAGGGGAGCAGGGAGAGCAGCAGGGAAGGCAGCAUGGAGGGGAGCAGGGAGGGGAGCAGGGAGGGGGGCAGGAAGGGGGGCAGGGAGGGGGGCAGGAAGGGGGGCAGGGAGGGGGGCAGGGAGGGGGGCAGGGAGGGGAGCAGGGAGGGGAACAGGGAGGGGGGCAAAGAGGGAAUCGGGGAGGGAAUCAGGGAGGGAAUCAGGGAGCGGAUGAGAGAGUCAGCUUGCCCGGGGAAAGUGGCAGUGGAGGGGGGCACUUCACGCUGUCGCACCGCUGUGUGGCGGACGGGCCGGCAGGGCAGUGCAGCCUGUGCAGCAUCGUUGCCAAUUUCGCCAAAAUGGUGGGCGCCCAGGGUGGCCUGGGGGGCGCCCAGGGUGGCCUGGGGGGCGCGCAGGGUGGCCUGGGGGGCGCCCAGGGUGGCCUGGGGGGCGCGCAGGGUGGCCUGGGGGGCACGCAGGGUGGCCUGGGGGGCGCGCAGGGUGGCCUGAUGGGGGUUGCUGCUGGGGGAGGAGUGCCCGCAGCAAGCGAUCUGAGGGGGAGUGGUGGUGGGGAAGCGGUGGCUGUGCCGAGUGGAGGAGGAGGGGGUGGUGUGGGAGAGGUGCGCAUGUCGGGAGGAGGAGGGGGGAGUGGUGGUGGAGGGGAGGAGGGGGUGGGCGUUGAAGUUGAAGGGGUUGGGGCGGGAGAGACGGGAGAGGUGAGAGACGCGGGAGAGGUGGGAGAGGUGAGAGACGCGGGAGAGACGGGAGAGGUGGGAGAGGUGAGGCCAGGGGGUGGUGGAGAGGGACGGGGGGCUGGAGAAGGAGGGGAGGGUGUAGAAGGAGAGGGGAAUGGGGGAGGGGGGGGUGGAGAGGGAGGGGGAGGUGGAGAGGAACGGAGGGUUGGAGAAGGAGGGGAGGGUGUAGAAGGAGGGGGGAAUGGGGGAGGGGGGGGUGGAGAGGGAGGGGGUGGUGGAGAGGGAGGGGGUGGUGGAGAGGAACGGAGGGUUGGAGAAGGAGGGGAGGGUGGAGGGUUGGGCGGCAGGGCAGGGCUGCAGCUGCUGGGGCAUCGCGUACAGGAGUUUGUUGGAAGAGAGAGCCUGGGAGCAGUCAACGCGAGUCAACAGAUGGCCAGCACGGGUCAACAGGCAGUCAAUGCUGGUCAAGGUUUAGUGAACAUGCGCCAAUCAGCAGUGAAUCAAGGUCCACUGGAAAGUGUGGGUGCAGGCGAAGGGGCAGUCAACGCUGGUCAAGCAGCAGUGAACGCAGGUCAAGGGGCAGUGAACACAGGUCAAGGGGCAGUGAACGCAGGUCAAGGGGCAGUGAACGCAGGUCAAGGGGCAGUGAACGCAGGACAAGCAGCAGUGAACGCAGGUCAAGGGGCAGUGAACGCAGGUCAAGGGGCAGUGAACGCAGGUCAAGCAGCAGUGAACGCAGGUCAAGGGGCAGUGAACGCAGGUCAAGCAGCAGUGAACGCAGGUCAAGGGGCAGUGAACGCAGGUCAAGGGGCAGUGAACGCAGGUCAAGGGGCAGUGAACGCAGGUCAAGGGGCAGUGAACGCAGGUCAAGGGGCAGUGAACACAGGUCAAGGGGCAGUGAACACAGGUCAAGGGGCAGUGAACGCAGGUCAAGGGGCAGUGAACACAGGUCAAGGGGCAGUGAACGCAGGUCAAGGGGCAGUGAACGCAGGUCAAGGGGCAGUGAACACAGGUCAAGGGGCAGUGAACGCAGGUCACACGGGGAUGACUGGCAAUCCAGUGGUGGUCCAUGGGAUUCAAUGCAAGUGCCGUGAGUGUCUUGUUGCUACAUUGGCGGCCAGAAUACGUGAAGGUGCGGUCAACCUGAGUCAAGCGGUCAAUCUGAGUCAAGCAGCAGGCAAUCCAAUUCAAGCAGUAGUCAAUCCAAUUCAAGCAGCAGUCUAUGUAGCGAGUCAACUAGUGGCCAAUGCGGAUCCAAGGAGGAAAGUCGCAGCGAAUCAGGUGGAAAUGGCUGUCGGUCAACAAGGGUUAGAUGCAGGUCGUGCAGUCAAUGCUGGUCAAGCAGCAGUCAACGCUGGUCAAGCACCAUUCAAUGCUGGUCAAGCACUGGUCAACACGGGCCACGCACUGGCCAACGUGGGUCAAGCACCAGUCAACGCUGGUCAAGCACCAGUCAACGCUGGUCAAGCACCAGUCAACUAUGGUCUAUGGGCUGCUAAUGCAGGUGGAGGGGUGGGCCAAGGCAGAGCAGAGGGAGGAGGAGUGGUAGGAAGAGGAGGGGCUUGGAGGGACGCAACGAUCAUGGGACUGCUGCAGCUGCUGCUGCAAGGCCGGGCAAAGGAAAGGGGCGGGGCUGUGGCGAGGGGACAGGAGGAGACCGGCGGACAAAGAGCGGAGCAGGGAGGGGGGCAGGGAGGGGGGCAGGGAGGGGAGCAGGGAGGGGAGCAGGGAGGGGAGCAGGGAGGGGAGCAGGGAUUGGGGCAGGGAGGGGAGCAGGGAUUGGGGCAGGGAGGGGAGCAGGGAAGGGUGCAGGGGGGGGAGCAGGGAGGGGGGCAGGGGGUUGAGCAGGGAGGGGGGCAGGGAGUGGGGCAGGGAAGGGGACAGAGAGGGGGGCAGGAAGGGAGACAGGGAGGGAAGCAGGGAGGGGAGCAGGGAGGGGAGCAGGGAGGGGAGGAGGGAGGGGAGCAGGGAGGGGAGCAGGGAGGGAAGCAGGGAGGGGAUGAGAGAGUGGGAACAGUCAGCAUGCCGGGGGGAAGCGGCAGUGAAGGGGGGUUCUUCACGGUGUCGCACCGCUGUGUGGCGGAUGGGCCGGCAGGGCAGUGCAGCCUGUGCAGCAUCAUGGCCAAUUUUGUGAGAGUGGUGGGCGCAUAUGGCGGCCUGGGGGGGGUUGCUGCUGGGGGAGGAGUGCCCGCAGAAAGUGACCUGAGGGGGAGUGGUGGGGAAGCGGUGGCUGUGCCGAGUGGAGGGGGGGGUGGUGCUGGGGGAGAGGUGCGCUUGUCGGGGGAAGGAGGGGGGAGUGGUGGUGGAGGGGCGGAGGGGGUGGGUGUUGCGGGUCAGGGAUGUGAGACGGGAGAGGUGAGGAUGGAGGAGCAGGGGGGUGCAGGUGACGAUUCACCAACUGCCGGCCCAGAAGAAGUCAAUGCAGGUCAAGGUGCGGCCAAUGCAGGUCAAGGGGCGGUCAAUGCAGGUCAAGGGGCGGUCAAUGCAGGUCAAGGGGCGGCCAAUGCAGGUCAAGGGGCGGUCAAUGCAGGUCAAGGGGCGGUCAAUGCAGGUCAAGGGGCGGUCAAUGCAGGUCAAGGGGCGGCCAAUGCAGGUCAAGGGGCGGCCAAUGCAGGUCAAGGGGCGGAUUUGAGUGGAGGGAAGGAGUUGAGUUCACGGGAGGAUGUCACUCGAGAAACGAGUGAGGGCAAGGAGUUGAGUGAGGGGAGGGGAACCGUGUGUGUGAGUGACGGGGAUAUCGUGCUUGAGGAGGGAGAUGUGAUUAUGGGGGAGGCAGGUACUACUGAGGGGGAAGCGGAUGUGACUAUGGGGGAAGCGGACAUGAGUGUGAUGGGAGGGGACCUCGUUAUGGGGGAAGGGACAACAACUGUGGGGGGAGGGGGCAUCAAUGAAACGGAAGGAGAAUCGAGAGGGAAGGAGGGAGAGAGGAGUGGGAAGGAGGGAGAGACGAGUGGGAAGGAGGGAGAGACGAGUGGGAAGGAGGGAGAGACGACUGGGAAGGAGGGAGAGACUAGUGGGAAGGAGGGAGAGAGGAGUGGGACAGAGGGAGAAACGAGUGGGAAGGAGGGAGAAACGAGUGGGAAGGAGGGAGAAACGAGUGGGAAGGAGGGAGAGACGAGUGGGAAGGAGGGAGGGACGAGUGGGAAGGAGGGAGAGACGAGUGGGAAGGAGGGAGAGAGGAGUGGGACAGAGGGAGAGAGGAGUGGGAAGGAGGGAGAGGCGAGUGGGAUGGAGGGAGAAACGAGUGGGAGGGAGGGAGAAACGAGUGGGGAAGGCGAAACGAGUGGGAGGGAGGGAAAGUCGAGUGGGAAGGAGGGAGAGACGAGUGGGAAGGAGGGAGAAACGAGUGGGAAGGAGGGAGAGAGGAGUGGGAAGGAGGGAGAGACGAGCGGGAGGGAGGGAGUGACGAGUGGGAAAGAGGGAGAGACGAGUGGGAAGGAGGAAGAUACGAGUGGAAAGGAGGGAGAAAUGAGUGGGAAGGAGGGAGAAACGAGUGGGAAAGAGGAGGAUGCUACUAUGGGAAAAGGCGAUAUGAGUGCAACGGAAGGAGAGGGAGAAGGAGGCAUGAGCAUAGGGGAAGGCGAGGUGCAAUUGGUUUCAGAGAAAGGCUUUGAAGGUCACUUGAUUGUGAAUGAUGGUCAGGGGGGAAGUGAUUCUUGUGAAAUGGCAGUCAGCGAGGGUCAAGGCGCAGACAGCGAGAGUCAAGGAGCAGUCAACGAGCGUCAAGGAGCAGUCAACGAGAGUCAAGGUGCAGUCAACGAGGGACAAGGUGUGGAGGGUGCGAGUCAAAGGGUUACAAGUGAUGAUCAAGUGCCAGUCAGCAUGGGUCAACGUGCAGUCAGCAUGGGUCAACGUGCAGUCAGCAUGGGUCAACGUGCAGGCAGUAAUGAUCAAGAAGUGAGCAGCGGGGGUGAGAGUGGGUCAACGUGCAGUCAGCAAUGA